AUCAGUGUAAAAAUUUUGAAGUAAUCAUUGCGAACAGCCAUGGCCACGUCGAAGAAGGAGAUGGAAGAAUCCGAAGAUAACACCGAGCUGGAUCCGAGAAUUCAGAUUGAACUGGAGAAUCUCAACACCGCAACGGACGAUAUUAACAAACUCGAAAUCGAAUUAGAGGAAGCGAAUUCCACCUUUCGGAUACUGAUGAACGAAUCCACCCGCCGGCUCAAGCUGUCCUCGAAAAAGCUCGGAAGCUGCAUCGAGAAAGCCCGCCCGUACUAUGAGUCCCUGGAAAAGGCGAAGGUAGCCCAGCUCGAAUGCCAAGCGGCCACACUGAAGUACCAGCGAGCGAACGAGAUCCAUGCGGCCGCGAAGGAAACGGUCGCGUUAGCGGAGCAACGCUUCAUGAGCAACUCGCACGAAUGGCAGUUCGAUAAUGCCUGGCAGGAAAUGUUAAAUCACGCUACUAUUAAGGUGAUGGACGCCGAGAAACAAAAGGCUGAAAGUGGUGCGGAACAUCAGAAGAAAGCAAAGGUGUUCGAGGAAGCGGAAAAGAAAGUACAACAACUCGAGGAGCGCUAUCGGCGUAGCAUACAGAAAUCGCGCCCAUACUUUGACGAAAAGCAGCUCUGUCAGGAGCAGCUGGAAGCGCAGAAAGGUCGCAUUCAGCAGCUCGAAAACCUCAUCCAAGCAGCGAAAAGCGCGUACAGCACCGCACUGCGCAACCUCGAGAAGAUAAGCGAAGAAAUCCACGAACAGCGCGGAGAUCUAAGCCAAGCCGCCCCAUCAGGCCCUCGGGAACCGGGCGUAGGUGCCGAACUGGCCAACAUCUUGCCUACCACGACGAAACCGCCCAGCAGUCGGCUUCCCUUCAGCAGCACAAUGCCGGACAUAUCGAGCGAGCUGGAUAAGUGCGAGAUCCGCUCGGUAGGCAGCGCUUCGGUGGCAACCAGCUCGGCUGUUAGUGAAAAGGAUCCCACCGAGGAGGACGAUUAUCCGGGUCUGCAGCUAGACGAAGACUGCGACGACGACGACGAUAUCCGGUUGGAGUUGUUGCGCCAGAAGGUGCGCACGUUGGCCGUACGACCCGUCGAAGGUGGUGAUGGUCAGCAGCAGGAGCAGGACGUAUGGGAACACGAGCUAAACGCCACCGUCGACAAGCUCGAUCACCUGAUGAUGUUGCGCGAGUGUUCCCGCAGUGGCACACUGAGCGGUUCCGGUGUACCCGGUGAGCCUGGUACGGACAAAGCGACCUUCUGCAGUUUACCCACGACACCGAAACACCACCAUCACCACCACAACCACCAUCAUCAUCUGCACCAUCAGCAACCUGUUAGUCGCGGAUCAUCCCUAUCUCCGGUGGUGUCCCCGGUGCACGAGCAACACACGAUAAAGAUGUUCAAAAAGCUCGAUCCGCUACCGCUAGCCAACGUGUCGAUGUACGCCCUUCCGACGUACCUAAGCGCUGGUUCGGCGGACACCUACCCAAACGCUAAUCAGCUAACGCCCAUUUCUGCAACCUCCCCAGCGGGUGAUCUGAGCGAUCUGUUGGCCGUGACACCACAAAACGAGGCGCUCGGUGGUGUGAAGCUGAAGCGCAAGAUGUCCAUGUAAGCGCACGCGAAUGCACCGAAGAGAGCGAGGAAACGGGUCACAGAAAACACGAUGGCAUAGUAUUAAGCGACGAGAAGCGGCCAUAUACCGUGGGCGGCUUUCGCAUUUUUUCUUCCCUCCAUGAUGGGGCUCGCUAACGGGCGGGGCGCGGUUUUUGUGUUUUAAUUUUACGUAUUUUUUUUUCUCUUCAAUUGAUUUACAAUACAAUCGUUUGUAAUCGUGGUAAUGAUCGAAAAAAUUAUGAGCGUUGAUGAGUCGUUUCGUGCGUUUUUGGUUUUGUUCUGCGUUCCAUUUGCAACGUGUGGAGUUUUAACGUUUUUAAACCAAACAAAAAGUCGAACAGAUAUAUAUAUAUAUAUACACACAUAUAUUAUGUACAACCGCGUUGUCGUCGUCCCUAAUCGGGAUCUUCCUUCCCAGCUAGAUAGUUUAAAAAAACAACCGGAGGGAAAUCAUCGCCAGCAAAAAGGAGUGACCGUUCGCGCGUAUAAUUGUGGAUUAUAAAGAUGGAAGCUUGUUUUGUAAAAAAAAAAACGUUUUGCGAAAUGGGCCACAUCGACGCACGCGAGAGAGAAGGCCGAUUUAGCGCUAGCGUUUACUGUUUUAGAAUACACAAACCACACUGUGAUUAGAGCGAACUCUCCCCCCCCCCCCCCCCUGAGCAAGGACU